AUGGCGUGGUAUGUUGUGUUGGGUGUUGUGUGUGUGGGCGCGGUGGGAGUGUUCGUUAAGGGGUUUAUGGAUGCUGAUGAUGUUGAGUUCGAUCUCGGAAAGGCGUUGAAGAGCGCGUUGGGAGGAGGGUUGAGCGGUGCUGCUGCUAUGGUCCUUCAGGUCUUGACGCUUAUGCCUCUCCGCACCGUCAUGAACUACCAAUACCGCUACGGAACGACGACGACCUCCGCCAUCAAGACCCUCUACCACGAAGGCGGCUACGCACGGUACUACCAAGGUCUUCUCGCCGCGCUCGUCCAGGGCCCCGUCUCCCGCUUCGGCGACACCGCGGCGAACGCGGGCAUCCUCGCGCUCCUGCAGUCGAACGCGUAUCUGAAGGAUUUACCGGCGCUGCUGAAGACGGUAUUCGCGUCGGUGGCCGCGGCGCUGUUUAGGAUGAUUUUGACACCGGUGGAUACGGUGAAGACGACGCUGCAGACGCAGGGGGCGAGGGGAUGGGGGUUGUUGAAGAAGAGGGUCAAGACUUAUGGCGUUAGUUCGUUGUGGUACGGUGCUUGGGCCACAGCGGCCGCCACCUUCGUCGGCCACUACCCCUGGUUCGCAACCUACAACUACCUCUCCGCCAACCUCCCACCCGACCACACCCUCAUGCAAAAACUCGCCCGUCAAGCCUUCAUCGGCUUCGUAGCCUCCGUCGUCUCCGACACCAUCUCGAAUUCGCUGCGCGUCGUGAAGACGUACAGACAGGUGAACGAGACGAGGAUAGGCUAUUUCGAUGCGGCGAAGGCGGUCGUCGCGGCGGAUGGGUUGAAGGGCCUGUUUGGGAGGGGGCUGAAGACGAGGAUUAUUGCGAAUGGGUGUCAGGGGUUGAUGUUUUCUAUUUUGUGGAAGUUGUUCAUGGAUCUGUGA